ACUACUACACGGUAAUUCGGUGAAAGGUAAACUAAGGGUAUUUCUAAGCUGUUAGUUUAUUGAAAUGACGAUCAUUAACUGCUAGCAAUAAUGCCUUACUUAGAUGUGUGCAUCAAGAAACGGAUAUCUUAUCGCUUGUGCUAAAAAUAAUUUGGGACAAAUACAUGGUUUGGGUGAUUACGAACUAACGAAUGCAUCCGAUUUGAUUCAUCAACAGGGAUUCGGCGAUUAUGCCAUGAGUGCGAUAUUUGGUUUGAUCCCUAAUAUGUUGACGGUGCUACCGUUUGAGCGAGCGCAGCUUCAUUAAGCUGAGGAAUGGAACUAUAAACCAGAACUGUGGACUUCUCUGCAGGAGACAAGUGAAAUGGACAGCUCCAUGGAGAAUUACUACCCCAUCGACAAGGGAUGGGCCUGGAUUGUUCUUCUUGCUUGUUCUUUUCAACAACUGCUGCUGAUUGGGACUCACGUAUCCUUUGGGAUCCUCUUCAACGAGUUCAUGGAUAAAUUCAAUUCCUCUGCUACCAUCAUUUCUCUUAGUUUGUCCAUCCAAACAGUGUUUCUCAGCCUGCUGUCUCUCUUCAUCUUGAGCAUUGGUUCAAGGCUGCUCUCCAAUCGAGUGUAUGUCAUGUUUGGGGGCGUGAUGGGUUUCACAGCUUUUAUUUUGAACGCAUACUUACCAGAUAUUACCUAUCUGAUUCUUUCUCAGGGCAUCUUCUUCGGAAUGACUCAUGCAUGUGUCCAAGGUCCAAGUUUAGUGAUGGUGGGAAAAUACUUCAAGACACACCGAGGCCUGGCGACGACCUUAGCUAACGUGGGUGCCAGCUCCGGGAUAUUAUUGUUUCCGUUGAUUUUCCGUGCCAUGUUAGAAAUGUACGGCCUGCGCGGUGCCUUGCUCAUUCAAAGUGGAAUCUUGUUGAAUUUCUUUGUGGCAGGAAGUCUUAUGAGGCCUUUGUCUUUCUACGAAAAAUCAUCUAGAAGACAUCAUCAAAGUUCAAAAGGAGAGAAAUGUGAUGAACCGGAGCAAAUGACUACACUAUUGCAAGAUCAGAAAAUAGACAGUGCAGAGACUGGUUGUGUAGAAAAGGAAGAAUUGCACGUUAAAAUGAAAAGUGUUUAUCUAGAGCCUGUACAAAGAGAGCGGACAUAUUCUGACAGUCUGAGAGAACGGCCUGUACGUCCAUUCAGUCGGGUAAAAUCAGAGAUCAGCCGUUCCACCAAGUCUCUAAACAGAGUUAUAGACCACGCACCUGUCAACGGGAAUUUGGUCAUCGCCUCCAGCACGGGUGAUAUCAUUGGUUCCAUGUACAGCGUGUACUCUCUCAGUCGGGAUCGUGAGAAUCCACCGGAAGUUAACAGCAACACAGAUUCUGACGCCAAGAAACCCCAAAGUAAUUGUACAAAAAUAUUCCUACAAAUUAUAGGCUUUCGGGCUUUGAAGAUAAGGAUUUUUCAGAUUUGGAUGUUUGUGGCUUUCUUUGCUAUUCUUGGAAAUGCUCAGAUAGUUGUCUACGUCCCACCGCUUGCUGUUGAGAAGGGAAUCAGUAACAGUGACAGUGUUCUUCUGCUACCUCUGAUGGGCGCGUCUGAUUUGGCGGGGAAAUUUGUUCUUGCCAUCCUAACAAGAUUCAACAUUCUUUCUAAAGACAUGAUGAUGACUAUCUCUCUGUGGAUCCUGGGCGUGACGUUCAGCUGCAUUCCCCUGCUUUCAGAGUUUGUCCAUCUUGCUGUUUUUACGGGGAUACUUGGAUCCUGUGCUGGGGUUUAUUUUGCGCUUUUUCCUGCCGUGUUGGCUGAUUAUGUUGGCUUGACGAAUUUCUCCGAUGCCAUGGGAUUAACCAUGCUGGUGCAUGGAUUCGCCCUGACGAUAGGAAAUCCAAUCUUAGGUGCCAUAAAGGACUCCACGGGUUCGUUCGUUGGUUCCUUUCUGUAUACGGGCUCCAACACCAUUUUGAGUGCCAUUGCCAUGACAGUCUGUUGCGUUUACCAAAAGCGACAAAACCGAUAUCUUGAAAACCAACAAGAAGUGAUAGAGAAUGUCAUUACUCUGAGUGACUGAGUUACAUCUAUAACACAGCACGUCAUUACUCUGAGUAUCUGAGUUACAUUUAUAACACAGCACUCCAUUACUCUGAGUAUCUGAGUUACAUUUAUAACACAACGCGCCAUUACUCUGAGUAACUGAGUUACAUUUAUAACACAGCACUCCAUUACUCUGAGUAUCUGAGUUACAUCUAUAACACAACACGUCAUUACUCUGAGUAUCUGAUUUAUAACACAGCACGUCAUUACUCUGAGUAUCUGAGUUACAUCUAUAACACAGCACGUCAUUACUCUGAGUAUCUGAGUUACAUUUAUAACACAGCACUCCAUUACUCUGAGUAUCUGAGUUACAUCUAUAACACAGCACUCCAUUACUCUGAGUAUCUGAGUUACAUUUAUAACACAGCACUCCAUUACUCUGAGUAUCUGAGUUACAUUUAUAACACAGCACUCCAUUACUCUGAGUAUCUGAGUUACAUCUAUAACACAGCACGUCAUUACUCUGAGUAUCUGAGUUACAUUUAUAACACAGCACUCCAUUACUCUGAGUAUCUGAGUUACAUUUAUAACACAGCACUCCAUUACUCUGAGUAUCUGAGUUACAUUUAUAACACAGCACUCCAUUACUCUGAGUAUCUGAGUUACAUUUAUAACACAACGCGCCAUUACUCUGAGUUACAUUUAUAACUCACAACACGCUAUUUGUAUGUUGUUGGAUAUCCCAAUCAAAAAAAAAUCACUGGUAUUGAGAUGUUACUAAAUGUGGAUGAAGUACCACAAACUUUGACCUAUGCAUGAAUUAACGCCUACCAUGACACGUGACCUCUGUUGUUAAGGUUAUAUCUGAAAGACGUGUUACUUUCUCUACUAAUGCCGGAUGCUGGGGAAAGGAACAAUGAAAGCAUUUGAUUCAUGUAAAACAUAGCACAAACAUAAAUUUCAGUUUCCCUUGAGCCCCCACUCCAUUGAUAAUCUGCUAAUCACUUCGGUAAUUCCCCAGACUCGCAUAGCUUUAACUUUGUCAUGAUGCACGACCUUUUGCUCUGUGCGAGACUUAAUUACACAAACACUAUCAGACUUCACCUCGACAAUGAUGUAUUUGAGACAUCUGAACUUUUCAUUUUCGAAACAAGGUACAAGUCCUGCUUAUGUUUACAGGUUAAUUAGCUAUCAGUGAACGACUUCAGUGGGGAAACGAGAUUUUACAACGAAAAUUUUCUAUUCUUUCUCCCUGAACUGAUUGAUCAUUAACGUAUGUCAAGAUGUUGGACGCUUUUGACAUACAUUUUAGAAAUCUUGGUAUUCUCACCUCCCCAUGCGUUUUCCUGGCUGUUAACAAACACGAUUUGGGGAGUUACAUUUUAUGUAAAUACAAAGUAUAUUGUAUAAUCUGGAAAAAAAAUAAUCCACUUAUUCAUGUCUUUAUUUCUAUUACAAAAAAACUGUCAAUUUCAAUCCAUCAAAAAUGAGUCUCUUUAAACGUCUUAGUGUUGACGCGGCACAGAUAUCGUAAAUCGAACCCGAGACCCCUGGUUAUGAAGACAGCACCCUCGCCACUACGCUACCACAACGGGUCAUUGAUUCCCAUUUAAGGAAAUACUUUUAUCUGGAGAUAUUUAAAGCUACACUAAGUAAUGAAUUUCAUAAAGUUUAGUUACACGAUAGUGACGUCACGAUUCGGACUUGACUUCGUUUAUUUAUUUAUCUAUCUUGAUACAACACGAAUAUCAAAUUUAUUUUAUGCUUUAUGUAUACACAGUAAGAAUGCUCGCGUUGUGACUGAAGAGGGGGAGGUGACACUGGAUUUGAUCUUAGGCCGCAACAAAUGUGAGGCGUUCGACAUUUAAUAACACAACCAGUCUUCACUAAGAGCCGGCAUUAAGAGUCGCGCAUGUCACGAUAAAAAAAAAAAGACCUCUCUGCAUUUAAUCGAGUAUAUGUCCAAAUUUGUGGCACGUCAUUUGUGAGUGAAAUGAUCACGGAUUGAUUUUAAACGAACAAUUGCUCAACCAAUCUUAAAGUGCCAUGUUUAUGUCGUGAUAAAAUCAUGAUUUACGUAUUUGCUGUUUUUUGCAAUGAACAUUUUCUGCUGUUUAUAGCCAUGACGAUGACAUUGUACAACACAAUAAGGUUUCAAAUUCCAUGUCAAAUAGUUCUAUUACCUCGGGCUUGUGACGGGUGUAUCCGGUCAACAGGUUUGCUUACUCCUACUAGGCACCUGGUCCCUUCUCCGGCCUGUCCAGGCAUCCAUGUUAGACACCUGAUCCCUUAUCUGGCCUGUUUAAGGGUCUGUGUUAAGCACCUGAUCCCUUCUCGGGUCUGUAUUUACCUUGUUCUCUUAAUUUCAAUAAGAUUUGUUAGAUUCGUUGUUCAUACAGAAAUCCUGUUUUUAUUGCAAACUGAACAUCAUGAAUUUGUAACCUUUUUGGGUACAGAAUUUAUCCCACCCACCCCCUACCCCUUUUUUUUUAUUUGCCCUGUUCAGUUUGUUAUUGCAUUGUUAUUAGUAUUAAUAUUAUUUUGGUGCUCGUCUGGUAUGAUUUAAUUAAUUUUUAGAAAAAUUGUAUUUUCUUUUUUCAUCUUGCUUUGAUUACUAGUAUUCUGCUUUGCAUUAUGAAAUACAACUAUAAUUCUUGGCAAUAGACAAGAACAAUGCAGCUCAGAUAAUACCUAUGUAAUGUAUACCUGUCAUGUUAAUGCGUGAUCAGUUUAUUUUUCAUGGACAAUAUCCAAUUUACAUGUAUUUUUUUUCUUUCUUUCAAGCAAUCCAUGUCAAGCAUGUUUUCACGUUGUUAUCCAAUGAUAACUAUGAUUCGGGGUUUUUUUAAAAAAUGUUUUAUAUAUAUAUAUAUAUAUAUAUAUAUAUAUAUAUAUAUAUAUAUAUAUACUUUUUUUAACGAUUUUUAUUAUUUUAUUGAAUUGUUGUUAUUUAUUAUCAAAUCUCAGUAUUUUAAUCUCAGAUCAUAGUACAAAAUUGUUAUACAUGUAUAUAUGAAAUGUGUCAUACGGCUGGGAUCAGUCUUCUGUUUAACACUCUUUUUGGGGUAUUCUUCUGUUUAAGAGUGUUUAGCUUCUGUUGUUCAAUCAAAACUAAAAUAAAGCAAUGUGUGAGUUUUAA